UAGAAACACACCAAAUGCAGCAAGACCACCAGGAACCGCUUACACCUCCCACAUUCAGUGGCCUGUGAAUUACUGCUGCUUUGACUGUUGCUGCUCUUUAUUCCCACGAUUAUGCAGAUCGGUCCAGGAGCUGCAUCUAAUUGUGAGCAAUGAAACACUUCUAACAGCAACAGAUACUUGCUGUGAUUGAGUAGUUAAGAUGCUGGAAUUCAUUUGGGUUUCAUAACAUUUUUGUCAUGGUUUGCUCACUGUGCUGCAGUGUGUUUACCUGUCCAACAUACAGUGAGUGGCUGUGUGUGUAGAGAUUCUGUGAGGAGCUGGAGAGAACUCAACAUCACAGCUGCAUAUUCAAAUGGUGUAGAUGGGAGAAAGCUUAAAACUAAACUUAAACACAAGUUUUUCUCGUAAACAGAGGACACAUACUACAGGGUGUGACUGCUUAUGUAGAAGAUGAAAGAUGAUAAGACAGGAAAGGUCAAAUAAAUGAUGGAAAAUGUGCUUUAUCCUGCUGUUCUGCCAUAACAAACACAUUUGUACAGGCAUUAGAAAUUGAAUACUUGGUACAUACUUGGUUUGCGAAGAUUGGUAAUUUGAUUUAACUGUGUUUGUAGCCCUAUAAUCAGACUGAACUGCCAUUUUAUUUCACCUCAUCAAGUAUUUGAAUUGCUGAAAAGUAUGAAAUGUGGGCAGUAAUUCGGGGGGGGGGCUGUGUUUAUGCACUUUAUAUAUAAUUCCCAGUGUUUUUUAUAAGAAUCUACUGCAUAGGCUUUGUGCUGUUCUUUUCUUGACAAAAGUAACACAACCAAUUUUUUUUUGAGCACAUUUUACAGGAGUAGAUUUGUUACUGUAAACACAUUUCAAAUUUUCAGUUGUGUAAAAAAAUGUUAACAUUCCUUCAUGAGUAGUACAGUAAAAGUAUGAAAGAGAAUACAAAAAAUAAAGAAAAAAUUAAUUGAUUGUUUACAAAUGUGUUAUCCUGCUGUUUGGGAUUUACGGGCUUGUUUUCUUUUACAUAAAUGCAAGAAAAGGACAAUAUAUGUUCGUGUCAUCUAUGAAAUUUUAAGUGCUUUACACAAACUAAACUAUAGGCAAAUUGUUCUUAAAACCUGAACAGAAAAAUAAUUAAGUUUGUAAAAUCUCUGCUGUAAUGUAAUUACUGUAACAUAUUUUCCUUCGAUGGGGAGUAAAAGCCAAUCAAGAACGAGUCCUGUAGGAAAACAAACGCUAGGAUUGGAUGAGACUUGGCAUCGGUUUCAAGGCGCCCUGCGUUCUGUCUGUGUGGAGGUGGGGUGUCUUGUGAAUGGAGGGGGCGCCUGGAAACCGGUGGAAUCUGCACGGAGUGAGGAGAGCGAGCCUCUGGACUUCCAACUGCUCAGCAUGUGAAUCGACGCGCCGCAUGAAGUCAAGUCGAAAAACGAUGGAAAUAUAAGCCUUUUCGCGUUUCAGAUGUUUUUGUUUUGCGCCAAAGUAACCACGUUUAGGUGUUAAACGCGCUAGAAUAAUUUGUGCUUGCAUUACUUCGAGAAAAACCGGACUGUAAGUGUUAUUUCCACCGGAUUGGGAGUGAGAGUGGACUGCUUGGAGUCACUUACAAAGACCAUCAAGAAGUCAUGACACGACGAACGUUUUACUUGGAUUUAUCUUCAUAAAACACGAGAAAAGUCGAUUACAUGUAUUUCAGCUCGAACUAAUUGGACUACGAGCUAAGUAUUGGGACAGUUGCCGUUGAUUUUCUUCGCUUUUCAGCUGUUUUUAAGUCGUCCUACUUGGAUCAAAGUUUUUUCCUUCCCUCCCCCCUCCUCCUCAACUAUGGCGGCGGCCAGGUCCACCACUGGCUCCGUUUUUCUGCGGAUCAUGUGGCUGGUGUGCGGGCUGGCCUUCUCACCUACUUCUGCUCAACAUUACAACAGUGAGAGUGGAAUAUCCGUCCCAGAACACGGGUUUUGCCAACCCAUCUCCAUCCCGCUCUGCACCGACAUCGCCUACAACCAGACCAUCAUGCCGAACCUCCUGGGCCACACUAACCAAGAGGACGCCGGACUUGAAGUGCACCAGUUCUACCCGCUGGUUAAGGUCCAGUGCUCUGCGGAUCUUAAGUUCUUCCUCUGCUCCAUGUAUGCGCCGGUCUGCACCGUACUGGAGCAGGCCAUACCCCCUUGUCGGUCCCUGUGUGAGCGUGCACGGCAGGGAUGUGAAGCCCUGAUGAAUAAAUUCGGCUUUCAGUGGCCAGAGCGGCUCCGCUGCGAGGCAUUCCCGGUCCACGGAGCCGGUGAUAUCUGCGUCGGCCAGAACACAUCCGAAACCGGCAGCCCGGCCUCUUCGUCUUCCCCCUAUGCACCCGAGCCGACCCUCCCCCCAAAUAUUGGCCGACCGAACCGCCCGCCCCAGCACAACCAGUACCACCAGUUCUCCUGCCCUCUACAGCUGGAGGUGCCUUCCUAUUUGGGUUACCGUUUCAUGGGGGUCAAAGACUGCGGGGCCCCGUGUGAGCCCACUAAACCAACCGGAAUUAUGUAUUUCCGGGAGGAUGAGGUAAAAUUUGGACGGCUGUGGGUUGGCAUCUGGUCCAUCUUGUGUUGCGUGAGCACCUUAUUCACAGUGCUCACCUACUUAGUGGACAUGAGGCGGUUCAGAUACCCAGAGAGGCCCAUCAUCUUUUUAUCCGGGUGUUAUUUUAUGGUGGCGGUGGCCUACGCUGCUGGAUUUUUCUUGGAGGAUAAAGUAGUUUGUGUGGACAAAUUCAAGGAAGACGGCUACAGGACCGUGGCCCAGGGGACUAAAAAGGAGGGCUGCACCAUCCUCUUCAUGGUGCUGUACUUUUUUGGCAUGGCCAGCUCCAUCUGGUGGGUGAUUUUGUCCCUGACUUGGUUCCUCUCGGCCGGGAUGAAAUGGGGACAUGAGGCAAUUGAAGCCAACUCCCAAUACUUCCACCUGGCUGCAUGGGCUGUCCCGGCCAUCAAAACCAUCACCAUCCUAGCCAUGGGCCAGGUGGACGGCGAUGUCCUGACCGGGGUGUGUUUCGUUGGGAUCUUCAACGUGGAUGCCCUCCGUGGCUUCGUCCUGGCCCCGCUUUUCGUCUACCUGUUCAUCGGCACGUCCUUCUUAUUGGCCGGGUUCGUGUCCCUGUUCCGGAUCCGCACAAUCAUGAAGCACGACGGCACCAAAACGGAGAAGUUGGAGAAGCUGAUGGUGCGGAUCGGUGUUUUCAGUGUGCUCUAUACGGUACCGGCCACCAUAGUGAUCGCCUGUUACUUCUACGAGCAGGCCUUCAGGGAGCACUGGGAGCGGACCUGGCACAUGCAGACCUGUAAGCGCUUCGCCGUACCCUGUCCGGUUCACAACUUUGCCCCCAUGACUCCAGACUUCACCGUGUUCAUGAUCAAAUACCUGAUGACCAUGAUAGUCGGGAUCACCUCGGGUUUCUGGGUCUGGUCCGGGAAGACUCUUCAAUCAUGGCGGAGGUUCUACAAGCGCCUUAGCAACGGUAACCACGGAGAGACAACGGUGUAAAGCUGGAGGGUGAAAAGACAAAGCCACGGAGUUUUGGAUAUAACAACCACGAAAAAGAGGUCACAUAGCUUUGUUUUUUUUAAUGCUAUUACGGACAUUUUUUUGAUCAGAUUUUUGCAUUUUCAGGUUUUUGGACACAACCAAACUUUAUAUACUCUAUAUUCGGUAGAAGUUGGAUGAAUUUUCAAUAUAUUUCUUUUUUGUUCUCUUUUUUUGUCAUCAUCAGACAGCCUACACUUCUGACUUUUGCAUCGUUUGGAUUAUAACCUGGUGAAAAUGGACAUAUUGGUCCCUGAACUGUAAUGCCAGACUGGUGAAGUUACUUUUAAUAUGAAAUUCCCCACUUAUUAUUGCGUAUAUCCUUAAUAUUACAUUUGAAUGUACUUUCUGUCUAUUCUGGUGAGAGCUUCUCAGUGGAAAGCACCAUAACAGAAAAGACUGAUGGGCCAUGCAGUGUGGCACUCUGUCCACCCUGCAGCAAAAAGGUCAUAGGUUUGAUCCCUACAGCAGCCACGCCACCUGACUGGGAUUUCAUUAACUAGAGAAGCCUGGACUAUACAUGUACAUUUUAAGUUACUCUGCCUUUAGCUAAAGACCGAAAUGCUUUAAUACUGUGUUAAAUAUUGCAGAGUACAAUCUCUCCUGUUGUAAUCUGAGGAAUGACCAUCAACUCUGCCAUUACUGCCAAGUGGCUGCCCAGAAAUCAAAACACUUUUUAUUUUUUGUUCUUUACUUUUAUUUUUCAUUUGUUUUAAUUUUCAGACUGAUGAAUAUUUACUUCUGCGUUGAAUGUUCACUCCGAAGGUGAAUGAAGUUACAUAUUGGUUUGCACAGCUAUGUAAAGGUUACAAGUGUUAAAAACGACUGAUUCACUACAGGAUAACUUGGAUCUGACAGUUCAAGAGACCACACACACACACACACACACACACACACACACACACACACACACACACACACACACACACACACACACACACACACACACACACACACAGGCCUCCACUCUCUGUAAUGGAGACACAACAGCUCAUUGUUUGUCUCUGUGUGUGGUCUCUCGACUGUUGGAUCUCCCAUCAAAAAGACUUUUUAAGCUUUUAAGACAUCCAAAGCACCAUUUCAAGGAUCCAGAUUUAAUCCGUGGGAGGGGAAAUGGUUGCUCAGGAUUUUAAUGUUAUUUCAUCCUGGAUAAAGAUGACUGUACACAUUCACACCUGUUUUCUGCCCACUGUUACAGAAUCUGUCUCUUGUAUAAUUUCACUCAUAGCGGUAAAUGGUUUCAUAAACAGACUGAACAUUUUAGAGUUUUUAAUGAAUCAUUAUUUUAGUGUCUACCUUACACAAGUCUUUAAAACUCAGAGAGAUGGCAUUUAUUUUCUGUUCACCUAGAAACCAGCUUUAUGUUUGAUGUUUUACAUCAUGGAAACACCAAGAAGGAAGUCAAAGGUCUCAAGUGUGGGAAUAUUUUUUCAAUUUGAGAGAGUGCAGUGGAGACAAACUGCAGCGGAGGUGUAGUGUAUAUCUGGGACAGAAUCCGUGGAGAUGAUAUAACAGGUUAUUAGAACUAAAUUGAUUAUGUGUAUUGGUUAAAUUGAAUGUUCAUGACCUCAGCUGGUACAGAGUAAUAUUUUCAGAUUUUACUGUAAACCUCUUAAUAGAAUAGCAGGAAAAUGUGAACUAAAUGCUCUUACCAUUAGAGUAACAAAACCCAAAAGUGUAUUUCAGGACUGAGGACCUUCAUUUAUUUUCUGGAACCUGCAUAGUUUUAACGUUCUGUGGAAACUCGAGACUUUUCAUUCAAGUGAGGAAAAAAGUAACCUGCAGUGAUUUAGUCCCAUUGAUAACCCACUGUUUAAUGUAGAGCACUAGUCACUUGAGCUGAAUCACAUUUUAUUUCUCUCAUUUAUAAAAUCAGACGGAGAUAGUGUCUGGAAAUCUGAGCAGAAAAACAUGUUUAGGUCUUGACUGAGUCAUCUGCAAGGCAGGAUAUAAUGUGCCAGAUGCCGCUGUUUCUUGUCGUUUAGCACAUUUUCUCAACAUACAUCACAUGAUGAUGUAAAUGAUGAAUGAAAGCUCACAAAGGUAUGACCUUACGGACCUGGUACUCUCGUCAUUCUUAAUCUCUAAAGCUGUGCCCCAAAUCCACACAUACUGAUACUAGAAACACACACUAUGUACCAAUCUGUUACAGCAGUUUGUAUACAAGAAAUGUCGCAUUUCAUGUGAAUGAACUACAUACCUCAAACCCCAGUUAAAAUUAGCAUGUAGGAUUGAGCACUCCACACGGCUCAUCUCGCAUCCAUCGUGCUUUUACCUAACAAGGCAGAAAUAUUUUGUGCGCUGUGAUCUUCCAGUGUCAAUGAUACCAGACUGAUCUGUUUGUGUUGUACUACGUUUUCAGAAGGAAUAUGAGUGUGUUUGUGUGUAUUUUUAUCAGAGCAUAUGCAACCUACCAAGUAAACACAGACUGUUUUUUUUAAAGGCAUAUUGUAUUUAUGGGGAUACUCAUUUUUGUCUUUUUUACUUGUUUUUUAUCGAGAUAAGCCUGUUGUACGUGUACAGUUUGAAUAAAACAGAUAAGGUUUGUAAUGUUU